AAAUAGAAAUCUGUAAUAUCAAUCAUGAUUCAGAGUUUGUUUCCUUCCCUAUUUCUUUCCUUUUCAUUUUCUUUCAAGGUAGUUGUAUUCCUUAACACAAACCUCUAAAAUGCAACUAAGACAUUAAGAAAGAAUAUUUUUUUAGAGAACAGCGUUUGCUCCUCCACUGUUUCCCAGAUUAUAAGUAUAGUAAUCUUUUAUCCCUUCAAAUCUCCAUCCAUUCAUCCCUCACUCUCUCCCCUCAUUGUCUUAGGAACCCUAGAACAAGAACCCUGGUGGCAAAAGACAAAAAAAAAACCUUGGAUCUGCAAAGCCAAAGGGUUUCAAGUUCUUUAAUUUGCCAGCUUGUCUCCAUGGAUUCAAUUCAAGAAUUUAUGGAGUCGUGUAACACUGACAUCACCACCACCGCAACAACCACCAUGAACACCUCCAGCAACAGCUUGGUUGCUAGCUCCAAUUCCCCUUCGGCUUCCUCCACCACCAGCAGCCGCUACGAGAACCAAAAGCGCCGUGACUGGAACACCUUUGGCCAGUAUCUCAAGAAUCACCGACCCCCUCUCUCCCUCUCCAGGUGCAGCGGUGCAAACGUCCUUGAAUUCCUUAGGUACUUGGACCAAUUUGGCAAGACCAAAGUGCACACUCCGAUCUGUCCCUUUUAUGGGCACCCAAACCCUCCAGCACCAUGUCCAUGCCCUCUAAGACAAGCCUGGGGUAGCCUUGACGCCCUCAUAGGUCGUCUAAGGGCAGCUUUUGAAGAAAACGGAGGAAAACCUGAAACCAACCCUUUUGGAGCAAGAGCUGUGAGGCUCUACCUUCGUGAGGUUCGUGAACUUCAGUCCAAAGCAAGAGGAAUCAGUUACGAGAAGAAGAAACGAAAGCGUCCACCACCACCACCACCACCACCACCACCACAACAACAACAACAAUCAUUGCCUCUACCUCAUCACCACCACCACCUCCACCACCACCUCCCUCCCCCAGGUGCAACUCAAUGAGAUUCAGCUAUCCUCAUCAUUGCUUGGAAAAUUCCACUCUUCUCAACGCUUUUCCUGCCUCUAUUUAUGAUCUCUACUUUAAGUAUUUAAAUUAGGGUUUUCAACUUUUCAUGAUUUUUCUGCUGAAAGAUUUUCUAAGUAGUAGUAGUCCAUGUAAGACUGCUGCAAUUGUAGUUUUUAUCCUGUUUGCUCUGGCAGGAACAAGAAAAGGUUAAAGAUGAUGUUGUGGAAUACUAAUAUAACAUGAACCUGCUUUUAAAGAACACAGUGUGUACUUGGAAUAGACUGUUAGCGGGGGUACCUAAAAAGUGGUAGUGGAAGUGAGUGAAUGAAUAUACAACCAAGGAAGUCAUCAUCCUUACUGUGAGAGGAACCAAAAGCAACGCAUUAUUCAUAGUUUUCUUUAUGUAUGUAUCUAUGUACUUCUACAUAUUCUAUAUAUCAUCCAAUAUAUGUCAAGCUUAAUUAGACUUGCAGAUUA